AUGGAGAGUAGUAGUAGUAGUAGUAGUAGAACCUCUGGUUCUUCUCGAGGCAUCUCUCUUUGGUCAGUCCUACUCCACUCUCUUUGGACAACUCUUAUGGGAAUACUCUUCUUCCGUCUCGCCACAACCAAUGGCCACAAGUUGCCUUUCAUCCAAUUCUUUGCCAUUACCGGAACAUUACUCAUUACCUUACCUUGGAUCAUCCAACUCCUCAUCUCCUCGAUUGUAAUAUUCCUCCAUAAGACCAAAGGUUACAACGGCCUCAUGUGGAUCGUUCAGUCACCAACAGUGUCCAAAGAAGUUGUUGAUCACACAAAUAGUGGUAUGUGUUCUGUUUCAUCCUCUCGCCAGGUUUUGAAAGAAAGUGAUGCAGAAGAGAUUGCGAUAAGGAUCGUGAUUGGUGCUUCUGAUGAUAAAAAAGACGGUUCCUCUGCUGCUCCUUUGGGCAUGUUCAUGGAGAUUGAAGGAAGAAAUAAGACUAAACUGCUCACAAAUGGAUCUACUUGA